AUGCUUUCAAAUGCUUGGAUCUCCAUACGAGUAGGUUGUAUCUCUCUCGUCACGUCACUUUUCGGUGAAAAUCUUCUUCCCUUCACAAAUGCAACACCUAUUGCUCAUGUGGCUGCUCCUACACCCUGUUCUGCAGGUCCACCACCUCCUUCUGUUCCUCCGAUUCACAUUGUUCCCUCAAAUGACCCUCCUAUCACACCUUCUGCACCUGAUGCUCAUGCGGUCUUGACUCCGUCCUCUGCUCCAAGUAUGUCUUCUUCUUCCACUGCUAGUAACUCAUCUUGCUAUGAGUCCCCACUGCCCAUAGCACUAGCACCCUCUCUUCGCACUCAUCCCACUGUUACUCGAGCUCAGAACAAUAUUUUUUGCCCUAAGCAACUCUCGAUUACUACCAAGCACCCUCUCACACCAACCUUAGAGCCAACUUGUGUCUCUCAGGCUCUCUAG